UAAAAUCUAAUCCCUUUAUGAUUGAAAAAAAAAAUUCAUAUUCUCAAAGACAAUCCGAUAUCCUUUCCUUUGUAGGAAUUGAUGCAUGUUUUCUGUGAAUGAGAAGAUUUAGAGAAGCCUUGCCGAGGAUGAUUGAGGGAGAUGGAUGAAAAUGAGUCCACAUCAGAGGGUCUCAAACGGCACUGACCUUCAUUCUACCAGAAGUGGACCGGUGACGAGGCCUGUGGAAGAAAAGAAAAUGAAGUCCACAAUACCAAGAAGAAAAACCGCUGUUAUUAAAGCUUUCAGCAAAACCAGACAAAGUGAAGAGUAUGGGGCAUGCAAUGUAUCUCAAAAUGCAGUGCUGUUGAUGGAAGCCCAUGCUCACCUUUCCAUCGGCUUGCAGUCAAGAGAGAGACUUCUGCUGCUUUUCACAGAUUCGCUCAUCAUCGCCAAAACUAAGUCUCUGUAUCUAAAGCUGAAGGCUCGUGUUAGCCUCUCGGACAUAUGGCUGGCAUCAUGUGUCCACUGCAUCACAGACAGAAAGCUCGCCUCCAAGAACUCAUUUGUGAUUGGCUGGCCGACCACCAACUAUGUCGUCACUUACAGCUCAUCCGAAGCAAAGGAAAGAUGGUUACAUGCUCUUCAGUGGCACACCUGCAGAGCCAGGCAAAAAGUCUUGCCAAAUGCCAUUCUUCUCUACGUCUUGCUGAUUUGCCGUCCAGAUGACAACAGCUCAGCGACCGUUGCUGUAGCAGUGGACGUGAGCACGACCGCAGAAAAUGUGGUUCAGUACAUCAUACAGCAGUGCAAACUAUUGGGUGAAGUCUCUGACUACCAGCUGUGUGUAAACUAUGAGAAAGAAGAGGAAACAUACCCCCUUAUUGGCCAUGAGCUACCAUUCUUCAUCCUGCAUCACUCCCUGAGAAGUCAACAAGACCAUCUGCACAUGCCCAGUGAGCCCCUGCAGGAGGUGUUUAGUUCUGGCCAGCAGACAGAGGCCACUCCCAAGACCCCUCACUUCACCCUAAAACCCAGAACACAUACUCCUAGGGGUACUUUGCUGAAACAUAAAAGAAAAAGGUCUCUGAUUGAUUGGGCUCUGAGGAGGGGACACUUUAACCAAUCCGAUGGCCAGUCUGACCCACAAACUGCCUCGCACAAGCUAUUUGGCCAGCCUCUUUCCUCCAUUUGUCCUGAUGGAAACCUGCCUAAACCAAUAAUGGAGUUUUUACGCAAACUGCCUGGUGGUGUUUUGUGCUGUGACUUAUAUGAGGAAUGGAUGGAAGUGCUACAGAGUGAAAAUCAACAGGAUAGACUUAAUAGAGUCAGAUGUUUGCUUGCACAGUUGCCGGAGGAGAAUGUUACUUUGCUGUGUCACUUAUUUGGAGUGCUACACAGGAUACACACUCACUCAGAGGUGAAUCAGAUGACAGCAACAAACUUGGCCCUUUGCAUUGCACCCAACAUGCUCUGGAGGACUUCCCAAAUCAGCCCUGACAAAGAGGGACAGAGCGUUCUGCAGGUCGCAGCGCUCAUCCAGUACCUGAUAGAAAACACGCCUGCCAUAUUUGGAGAUGAUCUGGAGAGUCUGUUCACCAGGCAGAUGAAUACAGAGCAGGAAACAUGCGAUUACACAGAUGGUUCGUAUUUUCUUCAGCACUCCUCUUCAGAAGACACAGAUCAAGACUUCACCGUUUCUUCCCAAGGCCAUCUAUUGCCUGAAGUUCAUCCUCUUUUCCUCCCUCUGGCUGCACUUUCUCUGAAAGAAAAGAGGAGACCCCAGCCCUUUCAUACUGAUAUGCCAACAACAGAAGACACCUACAGCUGUGGAACACUGGAUUCCAUUCCCUCACGUUCCAGUGCUUCUGUAAGCAUGCUGGGAGUCAGGGAACUCAGCCAAUCACGCGAUCGUUGCCUCUCUGAGCCUUCAAUGUAUUUUUCCACACCCCAAACACUUGCACCGACUCAUACACCUGUUAUCCGCCAAUCCAGCUACGAUGCGGCUGUAACAGAGAGCAGAAGUGAGCAGUCACGCAGCUCCUUGGGGUUAAGCCCAGAACAACAAUCGCACAAUUCUGGAAUGGGUACAAGGAGACGCCGUUACACUUUCUGGAAGUCGCCGCAAAUCCCCACCCGCUUCCGUCAUCCUGCGCAGAGAUUGGCCAGCAUGUCAAGUCUGUCAUCUACUGCCACUUCUUCCCUCAGUUCUCUGGAUAGUACAUUGUCUCUCAGCUCGGCGGAUCCCAUCCCCAGCCCUCAAGAUACGCAGUCCCGGCCUUUUCUGUUUGGAGCUGCUGCGAAACUGCGGCCACUCACACCUGAAAUGUCCAGAAAGCGCUGGACAAGUACUUUCACUUAUGAAGAGGAAGAGAACGUUUGGAGAGAGAAAGUUCAAGAGACAGACAAUGAGAAAGAGAGUGAAUUUGAAGUAUCUUUUCAUGACUGUGAUGGAGAAAGAGCAGUAAUGGAUGGAGAAAGAGCUGAGAAUGAGGAUGCCACAAGCUGUGAGUCCUUCGGCGACAUUCAUGAGGUUAAAGGUUCAGCAAGACCACGCAUGCCAGAGUGUCUCUCUGAGACUGUGUGCAGCGUGGAGUUUAGUGUGAAUCCAUUACAGUCCUCCACCGCAUGUCAGAUAAAGCCCAAUCCUGACAUGAAUUCACAAGCGGUCUCGCUGAAUCCAUACAGUAUAUGGACAGUCCCACGGGUGAAUCCAAUUGACAGUGUGAUACAGGAAUCCCAGGUCACACAAACACUCACAAACACACCCGCAACGGCACAAAAGCCAUCAAGUAGCAAAGCAGAAAACUCUGCAAGUCAGAUACAGCUGGAUUGUCCAAAGGCUCGCUCAAACAUUCAUGCCUCAGGUGGGCAGAAAGUGAGCGGAAUGAAAAUCACAGUCUUUCCUUCUGCAGGAAGGGUGAUGCUAAAACAUUCGAAGGUCACGGAUCAAACUCAAAGCGUCUCGGUGGAAACAGAGCAGAAAACUGAGGGAAAAAUGCGAGAAUCUGUCAAGGUUCAGAUCCCACAGACACUGUUUUAUGGUCAUAAUGUUCCACUGGUGUUACUUACUACACCUCCUCAGCAAACGUCAGUCCAGGUGAGGACACAUUGUGCUCCUCCUGAUAAUGCGGAUAUGACAGACGCAGGUUUGAGUGAUGAAUCUAAUGUUAGCUUUGUCGCGACUGAUAUUAGCAACGGUGUAAGCAGUUACCUGGCAGAGAAAAGUCCUACCGUCAAAUCGAUUAGUCAUAGCUUGAGCACUGCUGAUGACCUGCGCCGCCCUGGCUGCAUUACUGAAACCGUUAGCCCUGCUGUUAGCAUUAGCGGGGGUUAUAGUGUCAACCCCAGUAUAAAAGUCUUUCACAGCGAUGCUAAUCAGAGCAUGGCUUAUCCCAAACCCACUAACAAAUCCUCAGGAACUUUUCGUCACACAAUCUGUAUCAAGCUCCCUGGCAACAGAGGGACGGCACAGAACAAACCAUUAUCAUAACUAGAUGUGAUGUAAUAC